UAGGGGCACAUGCCAUGCAUGGACCAACACCACAACAAACGACCAUGAGAUAUGAAUGGCACACAUGUACAUUCCCUUCCAAAAAGAAAAAGCAUAAGGCCCAUUAAUCGGCCCAAUAUUCUUCGCCUGCACAAAAAAAAAACCUCCAGAUCGAAAAAAAAUCGAGAAGCGAAUAGCGGAAGAACAGAAAAAGGGAAAUUCUGAGAAUCAAAUCGGAAAGGUAGAAGAAUCGAGUCGGAAAAAUGGAAACGACGAAGAGUAACAGCAGCGAGUCCGAUGUCAACGCCAAAUGGGACGCUUGUCUCGAUCUCACUGCUCGUCGCUUUGUCUACUCUUCCCUCGGCGGCGCUUUCGCCGGUCUUCUCUUCUUCAGGAGUCCGGUUACGAGAUGGGCGUCGAUUGCUUUUGGUGCUGGAAUUGGUAUUGGUUCUGCAUACACAGAUUGUUCUCGUGUUUUUGAUGCGUCUUCUUCAACUUCAGCUACUUUAUUAGCAGCUCCCAAGAGUACGGAGACUUCUGUAUCUCAGGCAGCAGAAGAGUGAAGACAACGAGGAAGCUUGGAGGUAAAAAACCAAACAUUGAUAGAGUUACAUUACGAAAUGGUAAUUGAUCUUGCAGGACAAGGCUUUUGAGAUAACGCCAUUGUUAAAAAAAAACUUUUGCUUCUCAGUGUGGUUUUGUACACUGAUGUCAAAAUUGUUAAUGACCCACUCAUUUUUUUUGUUUUGAAAAAUCUUAUGUUCUUUUACUUGAGAAAUAAUUCCUCCGGUUUGAUUUGUUUGCCUCUACUGUUCCUUCAUUCAUCAAAUAAUCUCCUCACAUAUCGACUAAGUUACAGGUUUUAAGGAUUAAUGAUAUGUUUUUAGC